CUGGAGGUCGGGCAUGCUCAUGAAACAUCCUCUGCGUUAAACCAUACGGGUGCACUUAUAGAGCGCGAUUAUCGAGAAAAUACAAAGAUAUGCCCCUCUUUCGGCUGCCUGGUUUGCCUUUCUGCUGAGCACACUGCUCUCGCGUUGAGGAGAAGCGAGCGGAGAAGACGGGGGCGCGGUGAGAACUGUCUGUCCGUUUUGUCCUACAAAGGCGCGGAGUGUUUGACAGGCAGGGCCCGACGUUAGGUAAAGUACCGGAGGAGGAAGAGGACGGCAUCCAGAGGACUACAUGAAAGUCCUUCCUGCUGAGGGAAACAAGCCGAAACAUGAGGAAGGACGUGAGGAUAUUGCUUGUCGGGGAGCCCAAGGUGGGGAAGACGUCACUGAUCAUGUCGCUGGUCAGUGAGGAGUUUCCCGACGAGGUUCCUCUACGGGCGGAGGAGAUCACCAUCCCAGCUGAUGUCACCCCAGAGAGGGUUCCCACGCACAUCGUGGACUACUCAGAAGCGGAGCAGUCAGAUGAGCAGCUGUACCAGGAAAUCUCCAAGGCCAACGUCAUCUGCAUAGUUUACUCUGUCAACAACAAGAAAUCGAUUGAAAAGGUUACGAGCCACUGGAUUCCUCUCAUAAAUGACAGGACAGAUAAAGAUAGCAGGGUGCCUCUCAUUCUGGUCGGGAACAAGUCCGACCUGGUGGAGCACAGCAGCAUGGAGACCAUCCUACCUAUCAUGAAUCAAUACCAGGACAUCGAGACCUGUGUCGAGUGUUCUGCCAAAAACCUGAAGAACAUCUCCGAGCUGUUCUACUACGCCCAGAAGGCCGUGCUCCACCCGACAGGACCCCUGUACUGCCCGGAGGAGAAGGAGCUGAAGCCUUCUUGCAUCAAAGCUCUAACUAGAAUAUUUAAAGUGUCGGACCUGGACAACGACGGCAUCCUUAAUGACAACGAGCUCAACUUCUUUCAGAGAACGUGCUUCAAUACACCGCUGGCUCCUCAGGCCUUGGAGGACGUGAAGAACGUGGUCAGGCGAAACAUGAAUGAUGGAGUCAAGGACAACGGACUGACCCUCAAAGGGUUCCUGUUCCUGCACACCCUGUUCAUCCAGAGAGGCCGACACGAGACCACGUGGACCGUGCUGAGGAGGUUCGGUUAUGACGACGACCUGGAGCUCACGCAGGAGUACUUGUUCCCCCUGUUAAAGAUCCCUCCUGACUGCACCACAGAGCUUAACCACAAUGCCUACCUCUUUCUUCAGAGUGUCUUUGACAAGCAUGAUAAAGACAGAGAUUGUGCGCUGUCACCAGAGGAGGUGAAGGACUUGUUCAAAGUGUUUCCCUACAUGCCUUGGGGUCCAGACGUCAACAACACAGUUUGCACUAAUGAACAGGGAUGGAUCACAUACCAGGGAUACCUCUCCCAGUGGACGUUAACAACAUACCUGGACGUGCAGCGAAGUUUGGAGUAUUUAGGUUACCUGGGCUACUCCAUCAUCUAUGAGCAAGAGUCCCAAGCAGCUGCCAUUACCGUGACUCGUAACAAGCGCAUCGAUCUGCAGAAGAAGCAGACCCAGCGCAGCGUUUUCCGCUGCAACGUGUUGGGAGCUCGCGACAGCGGCAAGAGCGGCUUCCUGCAGGCUUUCCUCGGCAGGAACCUGCAGCGACAACGGCGGAUCAGAGAAGAUCACAAGUCCUUCUAUGCCAUCAGCACCACCUACGUUUAUGGUCAGGAGAAAUACCUGCUGCUUCACGAAGUCAUGCCAGAUUUCGACUUCCUGUCCGAGGCCGACCUGGCCUGCGAUGUUGUCUGCUUGGUGUACGACGUCAACAAUCCGCGCUCGUUCGAGUACUGCGCAAAAGUGUACAAGCAAUACUUCAUUGACAGCAAGACGCCGUGCGUGGUGAUCGCCGCCAAAUCGGACCUGCACGAGGUGCGGCAGCACUACAGCCUCUCUCCACACGAGUUCUGCCGCAAACACAAGCUGCACCCGCCUCAGCCGUUCACGUGCAACUCCACCGAAGCCCCCAGCAAAGACCUCUACACCAGACUCACCACCAUGGCCAUGUACCCCUACGCCCGUCUCCGCUGCAUGUGCACCUGCAACAGGUGCACCUAUUGCCUGUGUCAGAACCUCCUCAAGCUGGAGCUGCUGCGCGGCAUUAAGGCCCAGCUCCGCAGGGUCGUGUUCAACAGGCUGCUGGGCUGGGUGGAGGUUGUGGGGGGCUGCCUGCUGUCUGAGGAGGAUUUCCGCCUGACGCAGCAGGUUUCAGCCGUGUCAGACGUGGAGGGGUCCGUCUAUAUGGAGACCUCUGCCGAGCAGCAGAUUCCCCCGGAAAGGCACAUGGCCCAGGCGGACCUGAAGAACUCCACCUUCUGGCUGAGGGCGAGCGUCGGCGCCACCGUGUUCGCCGUGCUGGGCUUCGCCAUGUACAGAGCACUUCUCAAGCAGCGGUGAUGGGACAGCACGAGAGCAACGAAAUCCUCCCCCAGUCCCUCUGUUGACUCUGCCUCUCCCCCCGCCUCCAAACCUGAGAGCCUCAAAGAGACUUGGCUUGAUCAACCCGCCUGGCUCCCCGACUCCACGUCAUCCCUCUGUCGCAAUUCAACACCGGCAAAAAAACAAAAGGAGAAAAAUGAUUGCUUCAUUUUUCUCUUGGGAGUGUGGUUUAGGUUUUUAUUUUUUUGUUGUGGGGAAGAGGUUGGGUUACUUUUGACAUUUCACCUGUUCAUCUCGGUGUGUAAAUGCUGACGUCGUGUGAUCUGUUGGUUUUAACAUAGAUAAGGUCCGACUCUCAUGAUCAGUGGACGGCUCCAGCUGAUCCAGGUUUUUCUUUUCCACUCAGGUCAGUACACUUAGUGAAGCUGGCGCGCUCAGAUCGCACCGCAAAGGGACUCGAGCCUGUCGAUAGAAAUGUAUAUGCAGUAUAUUCCGUAUGUAUUCCUCCAGAGUUUUAGGAUCUGGCCUGUAGACAGCAUCACCAACCGGAGGCGUCGGGACGAAGCGGCACCACAUCUAACACUAGAAGGGUCAUGGAUGUCAUGCACUUGUUUAUUUUUUUUUGAGUGUUAAUUUAUUAACCCGUUUCUUUUUUUUUUUUUUUUUUUCUGGUCUGUUUUGAGUGCACUACGGCGAAACAGAUGGAGGGGUUUGCAUUUUUCAUGUAUUUUUGUAUGUAGUAUUAUCAGAGCUGUCUUUCACGACGCAACAUUUAUGGAAUUCUGUUCCCAUUUUUAUUUUUCUGGUUUUGAAAUAGAGCUUUCUUCCCCCCUCCCCACCCCUUAUAUUUUUAUGAACUUAGAGGCACCAUGAAACUGAAAUUUAUGCUAUUAACAGCAGCUGUCCAGCACCACCUCCCCCACCUCAAAACUAUGGAAGUGUUUCUUCUCGUUCUUCUUUUCCAGCAUUUACAAUAAAGAGUCGUAUUAUUCAACGCAGCUGUACCAGUGCUAACAGGUGGACUGACAGCUGAUUUACCAAGGGAAAAGAAAAUGGUUUUAAAUAUCUGUAAUAAAUGACAUUUACACCCA